AAGCCGCUCCGCGAACAUCGAUCACAUCAUGAUUGCGAAAUUAAUUUUUAUCGUCACAUUUAUCGGAGCUAGUUUCUGUUUGGAGUUAAAACAAGUGGUGAUGUUAUCCAGGCACAACAUACGGACGCCGUUAACCACGAAUUUGAAGUUAUUGACUCCAAAAAGAUGGCCGAAAUGGAACGGGGACACGGGGUAUCUCACUCCAAAAGGACGGAUGCUCGAACAAGCUAUGGGGAGAUAUUUCGCAGACUGGAUUAUCGAAGAGAAGUUAUUAAUCGAUAAGUGCUCGAGAAAUCAAGUGCUUGUGUAUUCUAAUACGAAGGAAAGGACAAUACAAACCGCGAAAUCGUUCGCUGAAGGCGCUUUUGGCGACUGUGCGGAAGUUUUUUAUAAAAACAUGACUGGCAUGGAUCCAGUUUUUAAUCCAAUUAUAAGGAAUGAUUCCGAAGAGUUUAUGGAGACCGUUUUAAGUGAUAUGCAAGCGCAGUUGAAUAAAAUCGACUUAAAAGAUCCGCUUUUAAGGCUGAAUAGAAUAGUCGAUAUUAAAAAUUCUGAAUAUUGUAAAACUGAAAACAUUUGCGAUUUGAGCGAGGUGAAAAAUAAAAUAUUUUUCGAGGUGAACAAGGAACCGGAUGUUGCUGGGGCGCUACAACUUGGAAAUAAUCUAGUUGAUGCUUUCUUAAUGGCGUAUUACGACGGAAUGAAAGAAGACGACGUAGCCUGGGGACGAAUUCGAACGGCAGAAGAAUGGGAGUCAUUAAUAAAGAUAUUAAAAGCUUACCACAAGAUCCGUUUUCAAACUAAGCUCUCGGAUAAAGAUGCAGCUUCGACGUUGCUUAAAUAUUUGGUGGAUGCGUUUCACAAUGGUAGUAAAAAGUUAUAUGUGCUUGUUGGACACGAUGCUAACAUACUGUCGUUGAUGUCAGCUAUGAGUUUUAAAGAUUAUACGUUGGAUGGUCAGUUUGAGAGGACGCCUAUUGGCGGGAAAGUGGUGUUUGAGAAGUGGCACGACGAUGUGAAUGGUGGAGAUCUGGUGCGCGUGCGCUACGUGUAUCAGUCCUCGAAGCACAUCAGAGAUGGCGUUGAAGCCAGUUUACUACACCCGCCGCUGGAGGCGCUGCUGCAAAUGGAAGAUUGUGCAGUUGACGAAAACGGGUACUGUCCGUGGAACGAUUUUAUAAGAAAAUUUAACAUAGUCAUGGACUAA